ACAAUCUAUCACAGUGAGUGGCAGCUGAUCCACACGGCACUGGAGCCCAUGCUGGAAGAAUGGAAGGCAGGAAAUGCCAGAAUGAAAAGAGGGUACGGAACGAAAGGAGCUGAUAAUAAGAAAAAAGGAGGCCAAGCGAAGAGGCGUAACUCCGGAAACACCAAGAAGGAAAAUGGAGCAGGAGAUGGCAAGGGAGGAGGGAAGAGACGCCAUAUAAAGGCCAACUGCCCCGAGGCACUCUAUCUCUACACCCGCCUCGCUCCGGACUAUGACUGUAGAAAGAGGUAUUCUGGCUACACGUGCACGCAGGCGAUUGUCACCACCAUCCCAGAAAUCCUCAAGAAUGGGGGUUGUGAAGCUACAAGGAUCGUCGUGGGAUUUUCUAAGGUAAAUAAGACAUACAAAAUAGAGGCAUGUGAAGGUUACCAGUGCAUGAAGGAAAACAACGUAGAAGAGUAUCAUCUGGAGGAAGAUAUGGAAGAUACCUGCAGAGGUGUGAUUUUUUUGAAGCCCACUAAUUGCACCUACAUAAUAAAUAGGGCCUUGUCGUGAGGGAGAACUCGCGUGGCAUUCCUGUGCUGCAACAAGAAACUCAGUGGUCACGGCAAGGCAAGCGAUGCAAGAUGGAUUUUGAUCGGAAAGUGGACCCGGAAUGUGUCGGUCCGCAGGCUGUGUUGAUCAAGCUUGGGACUGGAUUUGAUCUUAUGGUUUCACUCAUAUUCUGUGCUGUUUCUUGCUGAAGAUAAAUUAAAGGUUGCUGAUUCUUUACUAGCAUUACAUUUAUA